CUGCGCGUGGUGGAGGGACGUACGUGUUGUGUAGAGUUGGAAAAACGGGGCUGGAAAACGUGCAGAAAAUGUGUCGGGUUGGCAGUUGGGCGCGGGUUUGGCCGGUAUGAGACGCGUUGUGGGCAUUGCAGGGAGUCCGUCGUCACCGAGGAAGGCAUCUUCGUCAUAAGUGGAGAUCUCCGUUACAACUGUGUCUGCGAGAGUGACGGAAUGGCCACUCGACUGCAGGAGCUCUUCGCAAACAGCCGCAUCGUGGCCGGGCUGCUGGUCAAUUUGCUCUCGUCCAUCUGUAUCGUGUUCCUCAACAAAUGGAUCUACGUUCAUUACGGCUUUCCGAACAUGAGCCUCACGCUGAUCCACUUCGUGGUGACCUGGCUGGGGCUCUAUAUGUGCCACAAGAUGGACGUGUUCACCCCGAAGAGCCUCAGACCGGCCAGAAUCGUGCUGCUCGCCCUCAGUUUCUGUGGCUUCGUCGUGUUCACGAACCUGUCCCUUCAGAAUAACACCAUAGGCACUUACCAGCUAGCCAAAGCCAUGACCACACCGGUCAUCAUCCUCAUCCAGACUUUGUAUUAUAAGAAGACGUUUUCCUACAGGAUCAAAAUGACACUGGUCCCCAUAACUCUAGGUGUGAUUUUGAACUCCUAUUAUGAUGUGAGAUUUAACCUGCUGGGAAUGGUCUUCGCUACAUUGGGUGUCUUGGUUACCUCUUUGUAUCAAGUAUGGGUGGGUGCUAAGCAGCAUGAGCUCCAGGUGAAUUCCAUGCAGCUCCUGUACUACCAGGCUCCCAUGUCGUCGGCCUUCCUCCUCAUAUUGGUGCCUUUCUUUGAGCCUCUGACUGGGGAGGGGGGCAUUUUUGGCCCAUGGUCUUUCCCUGCACUGGUGAUGGUGCUGACAUCAGGGGUCAUCGCCUUCCUGGUGAAUCUGUCAAUAUACUGGAUCAUCGGAAACACCUCACCUGUGACGUAUAACAUGUUUGGGCACUUCAAGUUCUGCAUCACUCUGCUGGGGGGUUAUGUGCUCUUUCAAGACCCCCUAUCUCUUCACCAGGGCCUUGGCAUCCUCUGCACCCUACUAGGCAUUCUGGCCUAUACCCAUUUCAAACUGGCUGAGCAGGAGGAAGGCAAGAGCAGACUGGCUCAGAGGCCUUGAACUGGGUAGCCAUGAAACCUGGAGGAGAUGGCCUGCGUUGGCUGCACCAACAAAACUGUAGAAGCCAGAGAACAAACUGGCCGAGUUCAGAGGGGGAGACAGGAAUUUUGGAAGUUGUAUGCAGUGCAGCUGGAGCGUUUUGUGUAAUAUUCUUUGUAGUGUUUAGUUGCAGGUUCCUCAGAGUUGAGGGAUUUAUUCCAUAAAAAACAAUGUCAGAUGAUAAUCAGAUGUCAGAAAUGUUUACAUAAACAAGGUUAGAAAGAAGUUUGCAUUCAUCAUAUUAAAAAACUUAAAUAUUUUUUCAUAAUUAUG